GCCGCAAUCGCUAGGGCGGCGGCACUAGCGGUCCGGUCCAACAAAAACAAGUGUCAGUGACCGCAAUGAACACUCAGUCAAUGGCAAUUGACUGUUGACAGAUAGACAAUUGCGAAAAAAUGCCGAAAACACAGUGCUGUGUGCCCCAAUGUGUAAAUCGUGGGGGUUUUCAGUUUCCAAGCACAACGAGGGCUGAUAGUAUUAGACGGCGAUGGAUAGUUGCAAUCAAGCGAGUUGAUGUUGAGAAUCGAAAUCGGCUGUGGAAGCCGACAGCAUCAAGUGUGGUCUGUGUCGAUCAUUUCAACGAUGAGGACUUCGUUAAAACAACUUAUCAUGGCACGACACCCUUGAAGCGGCAGCUCAAAAAGGACGCCGUUCCAUUCCGCUUUCCAUGGUCAGCUGAAAAAGUUACGCGACGCCUACCAGAACGACAUUUCGCACGCCCUUCGACAGACAGUUGUCAGGAUCCUGCUGCCGUACCCGAUGUCGCACAAAAUAUAGAAGUGGACACCGUGGAACCGUUACAUGUGUCAAGGUCUACGAACACUGACAUCGCUGUCGUAGAGAACACUGCUGAUGUCUCCACUAACACGGACACCAAUUUAAGCUCAUUUUCUGUGUCGAGGUACAUUAACGAUCCCGAUGGUAUCCAUAAUUUUUCCGGGCUGGGAAAUUAUGACAAGUUUAUAUUUGUUUUUUCGACACUUGGAGAAACACCUCAUUAUCUUCAAUACAUGUAUGGAAGAGUCAGUGAUGACAUUUCAGUGAUCGAUCGAUUUUUUUUAGUUCUAAUUAAGUUGCGUAAACAUUAUUCAAAUUUUGAGUUGAGCAGAAUGUUUCAAAUAUCAGAAUCAUCAGUGUAUAACAUAUUUUGUACUUGGAUUAGAUUUCUUGCUUUACAAUGGAAAGAAAUUCCAACAUGGAAAGAAAUUCCAACAUGGUGUUCCAGAGAUUUGGUUAAGUUUUAUUCUCCGUCUGAUUUCAAAAGUAAGUUCAGCAACACACGCGUCAUCAUAGACGGAACUGAAUGUCCCGUGAAAAAGCCAAAAAAUCCAACAGCACAGCAGUCCACGUUCAGCACGUACAAAAACAGGAACACAGUGAAAGUGUUAGUUGGUGUGUCACCAGGGGGUCUAUGUACCUACAUGUCUGAUUCUUAUGGUGGGUCAACUAGUGACCGACAAAUAGUUGAACGCUCUUCCCUCCCUCGCAUGUGCGACCCCGGAGAUUCCAUCAUGUCAGAUAAGGGAUUCGAUGUGCAGGACAUGUUCAUUCCGACUCAAGUUGCCGUCAACAUUCCGACAUUUUUCUCGAAGAAAAAUCGCAUGAGCAGCAAAGUCGUGAUGACAGAUAGAAAGAUUGCGUCUAAGCGUGUACACGUGGAAAGAAUCAUCAGACUAGCGAAGACGUACACUAUCUUGAAAGCCCCACUCAAUACCUCGGAAACGUUGCUGUCUUCUGAUAUCAUUUUUGUUUGUUUCACAUUGUGUAAUUUUCGAAAUGGAAUUGUUCCAUCCGACGCAUGAAUCAUUAGUUUUCCUGGUAUGAUUGUGUAUGCAUCUAUAGAUUGUUGUAUAUUGUGAACAUACAUUGUACAUUCUGUUCUUGUACAUAUGGUGAAAAGAAAAAAAUUGCA